UGUGGUUUGGAUGAAAUUCCUUUCCAAUAAAGUAGCUAAAAAGGCCCCCUCACUAAAGUUACCUUCCAUUUUUUCUAAGAACCACUCGUUUUCCCGAUUUAUACCCAGUUCAGGAACCAUGAUGAUGGGUCCACGGACUUUCAUAUAAGUGUAUUUCUCCGAAGUCUCACAGACUUCAAAAGUCCUCUUAUUGCAGGUGAUAUUCAUACACCGGACAGGUUUUCAGGAAUAAUGCAUGGCCAUGGCCUUGGCAGUGAAAGGGAUCCUCUCUUGACCAGACAUGUGAUAUUCAUACACCGGACAGGUUUUCAGGAAUAAUGCAUGGCCAUGGCCUUGGCAGUGAAAGGGAUCCUCUCUUGACCAGACAUGCAGGUAGAAAGAGAGAUGAUGCAGCCGAGAAUGGUCAGCUCACUGACCUUGAGCAUGGGGAUGGAGCACCGGCCCCAAACGUGGGAUUCUUCCGGGUGCUUUCACUAGCCAAACCUGAAGCGGGUAAGUUGGUCAUUGCAACAAUAGCACUCUUGAUUGCAUCAACUUCUAGCAUUUUGAUUCCAAAAUUUGGGGGAACAAUUAUCGAUAUUGUUUCAAGGAAUAUCCAAACUGAUGAACAGAGAGAUGAAGCAAUAGGAGCUGUAAAAAGCACUAUUCUUGAAAUAUUUUUUAUUGUAAUUGUGGGUUCAAUCUGCACAGCACUUCGUGCAUGGUUGUUCUCUUCUUCUAGUGAAAGAGUUGUGGCUCGCUUGAGAAGGAACUUAUUCAGCCACCUCAUUCACCAAGAGAUAGCCUUCUUUGAUGUCACCCGAACUGGGGAGCUCCUUAGUAGGCUCUCUGAAGACACUCAGAUCAUAAAAAGUGCAGCAACAACAAAUCUUUCAGAGGCUCUGAGGAAUCUUUCUACUGCAUUUAUUGGUCUAGGAUUCAUGUAUACAACUUCAUGGAAACUAACAUUGUUGGCUUUAGUAGUUGUUCCAGCCAUAUCAGUUGGUGUACGCAAAUUUGGCCGUUAUAUGCGUGAACUUUCCCACAAGACACAAGCUGCAGCGGCAGCUGCCUCAUCAAUUGCUGAGGAAAGUUUUGGGGCAAUACGCACAGUCAGGUCUUUUGCGCAAGAAGAUUAUGAGGCAUCACGGUACUCUUUAAAAGUGGAAGAGACUUUGAACCUUGGACUUACUCAGGCUAGAGUAGUUGGUCUUUUCUCUGGAUGCCUAAAUGCAGCAUCAACCCUAUCAGUCAUUAUUGUAGUGCUUUAUGGAGCUACUUUGACAAUUAAUGGCUCAAUGACAGCUGGAUCUCUGACAUCGUUUAUUCUUUAUAGCUUAACUGUUGGAUCCUCGGUAUCUGGACUAUCUGGAUUAUACACUGCAGCGAUGAAAGCUGCAGGAGCAAGUAGGAGAGUUUUUCAGCUCUUGGAUCGGGUCUCAUCAAUGCCAAAAUCAGGAAAUAUUUGUCCUUUAGGAGAUCAAGAUGCAGAGGUAGAAUUAGAUGAUGUUUGGUUUGCUUAUCCUUCCCGACCCAACCAUAUGGUUCUCAAGGGUAUUACGUUGAAACUAGAACCUGGGUCAAAAGUUGCACUGGUUGGUCCAAGUGGCGGCGGAAAGACUACAAUAGCUAAUUUGAUAGAGAGAUUUUAUGAUCCCACCCAAGGAAAGGUCUUCCUCAACCGGGUUUCUUUGUUAGAAAUCUCUCAUGAACAUUUACACAAAAAGGUCAGCAUAGUGAGCCAGGAACCCAUUCUUUUCAAUUGCUCUAUUGAAGAGAACAUUGCCUAUGGCUUGGGUGGCACAACAAGCAUGAUAGAUAUUGAAAAUGCAGCUAAAAUGGCAAAUGCCCAUGAGUUCAUUUCAAAUUUUCCUGAAAAAUACCAAACACAUGUGGGAGAGCGUGGGCUAAGGCUUUCAGGUGGUCAGAAACAGAGAAUAGCAAUUGCUAGAGCUUUGCUGAUGAAUCCGAGGGUUUUACUUCUGGAUGAAGCCACAAGUGCUCUUGAUGCUGAAAGCGAGUAUCUUGUUCAGGAUGCGAUGGAUUCUCUUAUGAAAGGGAGGACUGUACUUGUCAUAGCUCACAGGCUUUCCACCGUGAAGAGUGCAAACACUGUGGCAGUGAUCUCUGGUGGGCAGAUAGUUGAGAGUGGGACUCAUGAUGAGCUUCUAAGCAAGGAUGGCAUUUAUACAGCACUGGUUAGGAGGCAGUUGCAGGCACCUAAAGACUGAAAUGUAUACCUUACCUUCUAGCAGCAGUUUCUUGUGGAGUAACAAUUGAGAACUACAAUGCAAUCAGAUUGGAGUUACUUGUUUAGGAACUACCUACCAGACACAAUUUGAAAUCUACUGCGUACGCCUAGUGAUGGACCCGGGCCGGGUCAAGGCCCGGUUGGGCCUCGGGUCUUGUAAUGGUAGGCCCGGGACCGGCCCGGGCAAUGGCCGGUUCCGGUUCGGGCCGGGCCACCUGCCCGGGUCGGGCCACCCGCCGGGCCGGGCCGGGCCAGUAUUUUUUUUAAUUAUUUAUAUAUUAUACAAAUUCCUAUUAAAAACAAAGUUCAAGUGCAUUUAUUUGAAAUAAGAACUACAUUUGAGAAUUGAGAAAAAAAUAACAAUACGAA